AGUGACGUGGCCUCGUCUCGCGCUGCCGUAGUCCUCCUGUCUCUUCUCUAUGGUUUUCCCCUCCCAGUCUCUUCCUCACGGUGACGGGAAAUGGCCGCCGAGCUGCGAUAAGGGAGCGGGGCAGCUGGGAGCGCCGCCCGCCAGGAAUUAAUAUUUCUGAGCACAUUUUGAGAAUUUUAAAAUCACUUCAUUGAUUGACAUCUAGAGGCCUAAGCUUUGGUGCAAAUUGUCAUCUGUGUUUGAAGCCUUCGAAGUAGCUCAGACUUAUACUAUGAACUGAAGAAAGAAGAAGUAAUCCACUGAAGAAAAUGGGUAGAUCUAAUUCUAGAUCUCAUUCUUCAAGAUCAAAGUCCAGAUCUCAGUCCACUUCUAGGUCAAGGUCCAGAUCACAUUCUAGAAAAAAGAGAUACAGUUCUAGGUCUCGGUCCAGGACAUAUUCACGAUCUCGCAGUAGGGAUCGUGUUUAUUCUAGAGAUUAUCGCAGAGAUUACAGAAAUAAUAGAGGAAUGAGACGCCCUUAUGGUUACAGAGGAAGAGGUAGAGGGUAUUAUCAAGGAGGAGGUGGUAGAUAUCAUCGUGGAGGUUACAGACCUGUCUGGAAUCGAAGACACUCCCGAAGCCCUAGGCGGGGUCGUUCACGUUCCAGAAGUCCAAAGCGAAGGUCUGUGUCUUCCCAGAGGUCCAGGAGCAGAUCUCGUCGAUCUUACAGAUCUUCCAGGUCUCCAAGGUCCUCUUCAUCUCGUUCUUCAUCCCCAUACAGCAAAUCGCCUGUCUCUUCCAAAAGACGUGGGUCUCUGGAAAAGCAGGCUAAGAAAACUGAGGGAGCUCCUCUGCAAGAUAGCCCUUUAAAAAGUAAAUCACAGGAUGAACAGAAAGAUACAUUUGAACAUGACCCAUCUGAGUCCCUUGAUGACUUUAACAAAUCAUCAGCAGCUUCCGGUGACAUUUGGCCUGGCCUUUCAGCAUAUGAUAACAGUCCAAGGUCACCCCGUAGUCCUUCUAUUGCCUCCCCACCCAGUCAGAGUUCAUCUUGCUCUGAUGCCCCUUUGCUCAGCACAGUUCACUCAGCUAAAAACACACCUCAACAUUCACAUUCCAUUCAACAUAGCCCUGAGAGGUCUGGCUCUGGUUCCCUUGGAAAUGGUUCCAGUCGCUACAGUCCUUCUCAGAAUAGCCCAUUGCAUCACAUCCCUUCAAGGAGAAGCCCUGGAAAGACAAUUCCUUCACAGAGUGCUCCACGUGAGGAGGCUCGAAUGCGCUCAUUUUAUCCUGAAGCUGGGGAACAGGAAACUGCAAAGGGUGGAAAGUUUCUAAAAAGGUACACAGAUGAAGAGUCUAGAGUAUACCUGCUUGAUAGGGGUAAUACCAGGGAGAAAGAGGCCCAGAAGGAGAGAGGAUCAGAAAAAGGGAGGACAGAGGGAGAAAGGGAAUGGGAGGAUCAGGAAGCUUUAGAUUAUUUCAUUGGUAAAGAUGCUGGGAAACAAAAGUUUAGUGACUCUGAAGGGGAGGAGACAGAGGAGACAGAGGAUUAUGGACAGUUCAGAAAAUCUGUCCUCGCAGAUCAGGGUAAAAAUUUUGCUACUGCAUCUCACCGGAAUGCUGAGGAGGAAGGAACCAAAUACAAAUCUAAAAUUUCAAUGAAGGGCAAUAGAGAGAGUGAUGGAUUUAGAGAAGACAAGAGUUAUAAACUUAAAGAGACUGGCUAUGUAGUGGAAAGGCCUAGUGCAACAAAAGAUAAGCACAAGGAAGACGACAAAAGUUCUGAGAGAAUAAUGGUGAAGAAAGAAACUCAGUCACCUGAGCAGGUAAAGUCUGAAAAGCUCAAAGAACUCUUUGAUUACAGUCCCCCUCUACACAAGAAUCUGGAUGCGAGAGAAAAAUCCACCUUCCGAGAGGAGAGCCCACUUAGGAUCAAAAUGAUAGCCAGUGACUCCCAUCGUCCUGAAGUUAAGCUCAAAAUGGCACCGGUCCCUCUUGAUGAUUCCAAUAGACCUGCUUCCUUGACUAAAGACAGGCUGCUUGCUAGUACGCUUGUCCAUUCUGUCAAGAAGGAGCAAGAGUUCCGAUCCAUCUUUGACCACAUUAAGUUGCCACAGGCCAGCAAAAGCACGUCAGAGUCAUUUAUUCAGCACAUUGUGUCUUUGGUUCAUCAUGUUAAAGAACAAUACUUCAAGUCAGCUGGAAUGACCCUAAAUGAGAGGUUCACUGCGUAUCAAAAAGCUACUGAAGAACAUUGCACCCGGCAAAAGAGCCCAGAAAUACACAGGAGGAUUGACAUCUCUCCAACUGCCCUGAGGAAGCAUACCCGUUUAGCAGGUGAAGAGAGAGUCUUUAAAGAAGAAAGUCAAAAAGGAGAUAAAAAAUUGAGAUGCGAUUCUGCUGAUCUUCGGCACGACAUUGACCGUCGUCGAAAAGAGCGAAGUAAAGAACGAGGGGACUCUAAAGGUUCCAGGGAAAGCAGUGGCUCAAGAAAGCAGGAGAAAACUCCAAAAGAUUACAAGGAUUACAAAUCUUACAAAGAUGACAGUAAACAAAAAAGAGAGCAAGACCGUUCUCGAUCUUCCUCAUCUUCAUCCCCGUCUUCUGCCUCAUCCAGUUCACGAGAAGAAAAAGAUGGCAAGAAAGAAAGAGAUGAAGAGUUCAAAACCCACCAUGAGCAGAAAGAAUAUUCAGGUUUUACAGGAGUCAGCAGGCCGAGAGGCACCUUUUUUCGAAUUAGGGGCAGAGGAAGAGCCAGAGGAGUUUUUGCUGGAACAAAUACUGGUCCCAGCAACUCAAAUGCUACUUUUCAAAAGAGACCGAAGGAAGAGGAGUGGGAUCCUGAAUAUACCCCAAAAAGCAAGAAAUACUUCUUGCAUGAUGACAGAGAUGAUGGUGUGGAUUAUUGGGCCAAAAGAGGAAGAGGCCGUGGCACUUUCCAGCGUGGCAGAGGGCGGUUUAACUUCAAAAAAUCAGGUAGCAGUCCAAAGUGGACACAUGACAAAUACCAAGGGGAUGGGCUUGUGGAAGAUGAAGAAGAAACAAUGGAAAAUAAUGAAGAAAAGGACAGACGCAAAGAAGAAAAGGAGUAAUAUGAAGAAAAAUUCCAGCUGAAAAAGCAGCCCUUGCACCACCCACACAGCAUUUUUAAUAUUUUUUUGUCGUCAAAUGAAUGUAAGCAUUUUACUUAAAUUUUACUGUUUAAAAGUAGUUUAGAGGGAUUGUUUUUUGUUUUAAGCCUUUAGAGAUCUUGAUAUAGUAAACUGUAUGUUGACGAUCGUACAGGUAGAAAGUAAAAUGAUAUUUGUAAUUAUCAACUUUUAAGAACUUUUACUGUCUGUUAUAUACAGUGUAAUUCUGCUCUGUCCAAAAGAUAUGGUCAAGUGCAACUCAAAAGUUUUGAUUCUCCCCUAUGACGCUGUGUUUUAUUCUGAAGUAAACUUAUAGCUCUGCAUACCUGAAAUCUUGGAAGAGCAUUUUUUUUUAUAAAUUAGUACCAAGUCUCAAUCACAAUGGAGUUAGUGUUUUCCUUAGAUGUAAUGAACCAGAGCAAAGUCUAUUGUGUUUUGCCACCCAUCCAAAAGUAGUGUUAAAAGAUUGCUACCUUAAGCGAGUCUUUUUUAUAAAGCACUUUUCACAGUGAACAGACUGAAAUUAAAUGUAUUUGAAAAUAGUCUUCUAGCUUGCUAAAGCAAUCCUAACCAUAGCUUGAUGGGAACUGUACUACAAGACUAAUGCAGUUCACUUUGUUUUAAUAACUGCAGAAAACUUGCUGUGGAUCAUAUUUGAGAGCUAAAGUAUUUCAAUAUCCCUUAAAAUGAAUGUGGAUGGAGAUUUAUACAAACCUGUAUUAACAUUGUCAUACAUUCACAUUUCUAGACCACCCCCACGAUGGGAGCUCUCUUCUGAACAGAUCUAAAUCUGACAAGUAUAGCUGUAGCAUAACAGGUGCUACGUUUCUCCGUCCAUAUACCGCUACUGGGGAAAUGCCUCAACUGUUUGUGCAACAGCCCAAAAAGUAGCUUGACUUCUAUACACUGUAACCGGAAGAUUUGUCCUACAUUCCAAAUGCAUGUUCCAUUUUUGCAUAUGACAGAACAAGGUAAACCACUAGUGGGGAAAGAGUUGCUUUUAAGAAAAUCUGUUUAGUAUAUUUCAGACUUUGCAUGCAUAAUGUGUGAAGUCUUGUGAAUGGAGCACUAGUUGCUAUCUUAAAACUUUUCAAGCACAGCGAAUAACUCAAAAUGACAUUCUCAAGAGUAUGUUUUAAUUGUUUUAAUUGGUGACUCAUGGGUUACCAAUAGAAAGUUUUAGUGAAAAAGUUUGUGGCACUAUUAAUCCAGCUGCCCCUUUGUGUCAGUCUUUGUUCCAGUUCAUAAAACUGCCUUUUCGAUUUCUUUACGUGGGCUUUCCUCUUCAGGUAAAUAUUCUGGCAAGUGUGAAUUCUCUAUUACGUUUACAGUCUUAUAUGAAAUAAAAAUCUAAACGUUUUUAAAGGGAUGAAAUGUUAGAAUUUGUGCCUUCCUGCUCUAAACAUCUUACAGAAACUUGAACAUUUUAACAUAUAACAAGCUGAAACAGGUUAAAGAUAGCAAUGAUAAAUUCUAAAACAAAUUCCCCUUCAACAUUUGAAAAACACACUGCAGCACUAAACUUCAAAUUAGAACUAACUUGCUAUUAGAUUUUAAGAUCAUUAACAAUUUAAAACAGUAAGAGCAUUUUCAUUUAAUUUAAUUCUCUGAAGUUGAGCCUUACUUCCUUUCCAGCCUCGCAUAUAAUCACUUGUGCUUCUAGCUCUUUUGUUGCAGCAAUAGCAGAAGCUAAGGACUAAAAUAAAGUUUCAGGUUCAAAAUGCUGUGUU